AUGUCUAUUAUACACUGGAACCACCUACAACCACUGGAACCACCUACAACCACUGGAACCACCUACAGCCACUGGAAUCACCUACAACCACUGGAACCACCUACAGCCACUGGAACCACCUACAACCACUGGAACCACCUACAACCACUGGAACCACCUACAACCACUGGAACCACCUACAACCACUGGAACCACCUACAACCACUGGAACCACCUACAGCCACUGGAACCACCUACAACCACUGGAACCACCUACAGCCACUGGAACCACCUACACCCACUGGAACCAUCCACAACCACUGA